CAAAAGGCCGUGGCCAGUCAAUGUUUACAAAUUACGUACUAUUAGUGAUUUAGCAAUAGAUUAGAAUUAUUCAAGUAUAAAAUGACAGAAGAACAUACAGAGACUGACAAAACACUAUCGUAUAGUGAAGCCAGUACUAAUGUAGAUACAGUAGUCAAACAAGAAGAAUCAUCCGUACGACCUUUACAAGAUGAUCAAUCACAAUCACAAGCUCAGUCUCAAGCACAAGCACAACCACAAGUACAAGCACAAGCACAAGCACAACCACAAAUACAUCUGCAACCUCAGAUAGCUCCUAUAUCAGCAACUUCACCUCGACGAGAUUCUACUAAUAACUCAAUUCCAUCUCAAGUACCAUUCACAAAUUCAAGUCGUUCAUAUUCCAAUGGUAUAACAACAGAAUCUUCAACUUCAAAUAGUAAUUAUUUCUCUCAAUCUCAAGCUCCAUUACCUUCAUUUUCUCAAUUACACCCUCAACAAGAUCUAUUAAAUAAUCAAAUAUAUUAUAAACAAUCUCAAGUUGCUAAACCAAUCUUGGGUCCACCAAUGUAUAGUACUAUUAAGAGUCCAAAUUAUAGAAAACCAAAUAAUAUGAUUAAAAAGCCAACUAUUAAUAUGGAAUCUCCUAUUGGGAAACCAUUUAAAGUUACUGAUGAUGUAAUUUUAUCAUCAAGACCAUUCAAAUGUACUUUUGAAGGUUGUAGUUGGGCUUUUCAAAGAAGAUCAGAUUUAAGAAGACAUGCUAAAUCUCAUGCUGAACCAAUGUUUGUAUGUCCAUAUUGGAAAAUUGAUCAAUCAUGUCAUAGAAAUGGAGGUUCAUUCAAUAGAUUAGAUGUUUUGAAACGUCAUUUACGACUUGUUCAUUAUAUAAAAGAUACCAGAAAGCAAGAAACUCAAAUAGCUUAUUCAACAAAUCCUAAAGAUGAUCCUGGUUGGUGUCGAUUAUGUCAAAGAAUGUUCCCUAAUUCAAAAAUUUUUAUUGAUCAUUGUGUUGAUUGUUCUAAAUAUAUUGAAAAUAAACGUAAUGAACAACUUAAAGCAAAGAAUGAUGAAUCAACUACUGAUAAUACUGAGCCAAUUGAAAAUGAAAAUGAGAAUGAAAAUGAAAAUGAUAAUGAAUUAACAGAAAAUUCCAAUUUUUAUGAUUUUGAUAAUAAAUCAUCUGCUACUAAUACUAUAAAUCAAGUUAAUACAAAUCAGGAAACUAAAUAGAUAA